AUGGAAGAAGAUCAAGAACACAAGAAAUGUUACGUCUGCAAGUUCUGUAAACAGAGUUUUUCAAAUGGGAAGAAGUUGGGAGGUCAUAUGAGAGGACACAUGGCGUUGAUUUCAGCUAGCAAAAAACAGAGCAUGAAAGAACAUGAUCAAGAAUCCAUUAAUGGCGGAAUGGGUAUUGAAUUUGACGAAGAAAUAAUCAAGAACAGUGAAGAUUCUGGUGCAAAUUCUUAUGGUUUGAGACAAAACCCCAAGAAAUCCUGGAGGGUUUCAAAUUUGAAUCCGAUACAAAUAUCAGAUUUAAUUUGUAAGCAAUGUGGUAAAGGGUUUCACUCAUUGAGAGCUCUUUCUAUUCAUAUGAGAUCUCACUCACUUAAAAGCAAAGAAUUAAGCAAGAAAAUAUUGUGCACAAAAUGUGGUAAGGGUUUUGAUUCAAUGAAGGCUUUGUAUGGUCAUAUGAGAUGUCAUACCAUCAAGUUAUCUCAGUUGUCCAAUCAAUCAUCUUCAUCUUCUUCUACAUCAUCAGAAGAUCGCAAAUGGAAUGGAGGGGUAAAAAAGGAAAUAGCAAAUCCAGUAAGGAGAAAGAGAUCAUGCACAAGGUACAACCCUACUAAACAUAGUGAUCCUUCUAGUUGUACUAGUUUGAGUUCUUUUGCAUCAAUUGGUGAGAAUAAUGAUGAUGAAGUGGAAGAAGGGGCUUUGUGUUUGAUGAUGCUCUCAAGGGGUUUGAGUGGGGGCAAAAUGGUAAUUUCAAAUAUUGAGAUUGAGAUUGAGAUUGAGAAUGGUGAUGUCAAUAUGAAGAAAAAAGUUUUUGAUGAGAUGUAA